CAAUGUCCUCUCUACUUCGUCCCGUCAGCUCAGCCAUCCAAACGCUCUCAGGUGCCUUACGGUCGCAGAGCAGCGCGUUAUCGUCCGCGCCAUGGCCUCUUCGCCCAACGACGCGCUGUUCGAGCACAUCCUCGUGCUGAACGUCCCUCUCCCCGACGCACAUCGCGCGCUCCUCGAGAAGUAUGCCAAAACUAUCACGCAUAUACCCGCAGUGCGCACGCCUGGGUCUGUCCCCGAUGAAGAGUUCCGCAAAGCGACUGUUAUUUACGGCUACCCCGCGGGGCUCAAGGACUGGGCGCAGGUCCCGAACCUCAGGUUCAUCCAGCUCGAUAGCGCUGGGGCGGACAGCGUCGUCCGCGGGGCGAUGUGGCACGAUGAGCAGGCCGAGCGGGUCGUGAUGGCCACGGUCGCGGGGGUACAUAUGGCGCCGAUCUCGCAGCAUUUCAUCAUGACCACGCUCGCGCUAUUCCACCACCUGCAGGAACAGAUAAUUGUCUCGCAAGUGGACAAACGCUGGGGCAAGGACGUCGAAUUCGGUGGGCGGAUGUUCGUCCAGGAACUGAGAGGUAAGACCGUAGGGGUACUGGGAUACGGACACAUCGGACGCGAAUGCGCACGCCUCUCUGGAGCAUUCGGCGCGAGGGUCUUCGCCGCGACAAGCGAUGGCCAGAAGAAGUCACAAACGGGCUUUGUCGAAGACGGGACGGGGGAUCCCGACGGGGGUAUCCCGGAGCGGUGGUUCUCGACGAAAGACGAGGUGUCUUUCAAAGAGUUCCUGUCGGGGUGCGACGUGCUCCUGCUCGCGCUGCCGUCGACAGGCGCGACACACCACAUCCUGUCGACGACGACAAUCGGUUACCUGCCCUCGCAUGCAAUUAUUGUGAACAUUGGGAGAGGCGACGCGAUUGACACUGAUGCUUUGCUACGAGCCCUUGAUGACAAAAAUCUCGCGGGAGCUGCGCUUGACGUCGUCGAGGAGGAACCGCUCCCAGAUAACCACCCACUCUUCGGUAGGAAAGAUGUCCUCAUCACGCCGCAUUUGAGUGGUCGGACAACCAUGUACUUCGAACGAAGCAUACAGAUCUGCGUCGAGAACUUGCGACGGCUGAGGGAGGGCGACGAGGUUUGGAAUCGGGUGGACUUCGCAAGAGGGUACUAGACGCAUGUGAGGGGUCUCCAGACUUACAAUUAGAUGUAUGCUACGCAGUUAUAAGACAAUGGAUGAUCAGUGACUAUCAGAAAA